AUGGGCUCAAAAGCCAUGUUCUAUUUUGAAUAUGCAAUCAAUAGAGAUAUUCGUGUCACAUCAGCCAAAAAGCAUCAACGCCGUCAGAUCCUGGACAACCCCUACACACACAAGAUAAUGAAGAUUCAGGAGAGAAUGCAAAGGAGACAACAAACAACAAAGCUGUUCCUUUUAGACCUGGGAAACCGAAAGAAGAUUGACUCUCUUAGCAAUAGCGUCCUCUUCUUGCUGUCGCCAAUCCUCCUCCAGACGUGGCGUGUCCCCUCCACGCUCAGCAUAAUGCCCCUUAUACUCAUGAGUCUUGAGUUCAUGACUAGGAAUAGUUUCAACCCGCGGCCUAAAAUCAUUGACACCGUUGUCUUCGUGCUCGUCUGGAUCCUCUCCAGCCUUGACGAUUUUGUACGGUGCGGCGACGCGGACCGCGGAGUAGGACUCGGUACCGACUAG